UUAUUUCUACUUAAUUAUUUUGUAUACCUUUUUUUAUUUCAUUAAACCUCUUUUUACAUUUUUUAUAAAAGAAUAUAAGUUAAAAUGCCAACUACAUUGCCUAAUAAAAUAAAUCCCGACAUUGCAAAAGAACGUGAAGCUGCUAGUUUUAACAUUGAAGAAUUUGCUUGUUGGUUUCAUGAAGGUGCCCAAAAGCUCAAAAAGCAGCGUGAAAUUGUGGAAGAAAUAUUUACCGAUCCCGAAUUCGACGAAAAAACUGCUCCAGAUUAUUUAUCUUACCAAGACCAAUAUGACGAAGCAAUCAAACGAUGUACUUUACUAGCAAAAAAACUUGAGGAAAUGCAAAAUAGAAGGAAUCCUGGGGGAAGUGACAUUUAUCCUGAACAAUUAAUUGGAGGCGUUGGAUACGCACUCAUGCCUUACGGAGCACCAUUUUUCCUCCAUUUCACUAUGUUUAUUCCAACAAUCGAAAAACAAGGUAAUUCUGAACAAGUUGAAAAAUGGUUGCCACUAGCCAAAAAUUGUAAAAUUCUUGGAACAUAUGCCCAAACUGAAUUGAGUCAUGGAACUUUUAUCCGUGGAAUACAAACACGUGCUGAAUAUGAUCCUGCCACAGAGGAAUUUAUCCUCAACAGUCCUUCGAAAACAGCCUACAAAUGGUGGCCAGGAGCAAUGGGUCACACGGUAAACUAUGCCAUUGUUGUUGCUCAACUUUAUAUAAAAGACAAACACCAUGGAAUACAACUUUUUUUGGUUCAACUUCGUGAUGAGGAAACCCAUAUGCCUUUGCCUGGUGUUGAUGUUGGAGACAUUGGCAAUAAACUUGGUCUUAGGGGCAUUAAUAAUGGAUAUGUAGGGUUUAAAAAUGUCCGUAUUCCCCGGAUGAAUAUGUUGAUGAGAUUCGCUCAAGUUGAUCCUGAUGGAACUUUUAUAAGUUCCCCAGCGGCAGUUUUGUCAUAUUGGACUAUGGUGUCUGUAAGAGUUUUGAUAGUCCAUCAAUCAAGCGGAUUUCUUACUUUAGGUUCAACUAUUGCGACUCGUUAUGCAGCUGUUCGUCGACAAGGUCUCAUCAAUCCAAAAGAUCCAGAACAUCAAAUUUUGGACCAUGUUACUCAGCAACUCAAACUUUUCCCAGAAAUUUCCAAAGGCAUUGCUUUCAAACUAGGAGCUAAUUACUUGUAUGAAAUGUAUAACCAAGUUACCAAAGAAAUCAAUGAAGGAAAAUUUGAUCGAUUGGCUGAGGUUCAUGCUCUUUCUGCAUGCCUAAAAUCCAUUUCAACAACUGACUCGAGUGCUGGAGUUGAAACACUCCGUUUAGCCUGUGGAGGUCAUGGUUACACAAUGGCUUCUAACUUGCCAAACCUUUAUAGUUUAGCAACAGCAGCAUCAACUUAUGAAGGAGAGAAUACUGUGCUGCUGUUGCAAACUGCAAGGUUUUUAAUGAAAUCCUGGUCAAUGGCAAUGAAAGGAGACAAAUUGCCACCAACUGUGGCUUAUAUUGAAGAUUCUCUAAGACUGACAAAUGGAUUUCCUAAAUGGAAUUACUCAUUUGAAUGUAUGGUUAAGGCUCUUCAGUUUACUGCAGCUAACAAAGUUUGUUUGGCAUAUAAUCAUAUGGCAGAGAGAAAGAAACGAGGAAUGACUCCUGAGGAAGCAGCAGAUUCAACUUCAAUUGAGCUUGUUCAAGCUGCUGAUCUUCAUGGACGUUCAUUUUUAGCGACAACAGCUUGGCAAAAACUUGUCGACAUAGGUCCUCAUUCCAAGUCACUUAAAGAAGUCUUAUUAGAUGUUCUUGAGUUAUAUUUAGUGAAUGCAUGUCUGAGAAAUAUGGCUGAUAUUCUUAGGUUCAUCAGUUUAACAGAACAAGACUUAAAAGAAUUGCAAACAAAAUUAGAACAAGUAUUACAUCGAAUUCGACCAAAUGCUGUAGCAAUAGUGGAUGGUUUUGAUUAUCAUGAUAGAAUUUUGAAUUCAGUUUUGGGAUCUUAUGAUGGUAAUGCUUAUGAAAGGAUAUUUGACGCAGCACAAAAGAGUCCACUGAAUAAAGUACCUGUCCAGAAAUCGUUCCAUACGUACUUGAAACCGUUCAUGAAGUCUAAUAUGUAAAACUUUGUUGUU